AUGGCCUGCAGCAUGGACUUCGCAGUACCUGGUGGCAUUGUCGCUAGGAGGCGGCGACGUGAGGCAAGCCGUGCCUUGGUGCUGCUGGUGUGCUUGGUGCUAGCGCAGAAGGCGCAUGCUCUGCCCAUCAUGGACCAACUGGUGCAGAACGUCUUAGAGCCCGAUCGCCUGAAUCGCUGGUUCACCCUCUGGGAGAAGGUGAUUCACCUGGCCAGAUUUCACGUCCACAAUAUACCUAGGAUCCUAAUGAUGCCUUUCUCCAACAUCCACACAAUACACGGUCGGGCCAAAGAUAUUCGCCGUGGACUCAGUGACCUGCCCCUCAGAAGCCUGUUAGGUCGCGUCCAGGCUUUCACGGGCUUCGCUGGUGACACAGGGGACACGGUCACAGGUCGGAACGACUACGCGACCGAGUCACCGGCAUCCACCAAGAAAGCCGCGCAGGACCUGACGCAUCAACCAACGAUCGUACGCGCUAAGCAGUAGUUCAAUGACAGGGAAACAUCGGGCUGCGUAUUCAACUCGGAGUGAGUCUGCUGCAUCUGCGACGCUGAUGGUUGGCGACACCUCUCUUCUCGGCUGCUCUUGCACUGCUUCCCAACUCGCGUGCUCGACAGUCAACUGAGGAGAGUCUUCCCUCCGCUUGGGCAUUCGACAAUCAACAAUACGCCACGCGCCAUAAGACACACCGUGCUAUCGUUCAGAGUGGUCCAAGUAUUUGAAGAAAGUGGUUUUCAUGUCUUAAGCAUCUGAGUUAAUUGUUCCCAACUGUACGCUCAAAUUGUCAAAUAAGUUUGACUUUAUUAACAGAAGGACGAAAAGGGUGUGAGGGUUCGGAGAGUGUUAAGCAAUCAUUUUGCCUCAUAUUUCUCAUUCCUUCUUUUCGCAUUCAACAUAACAUGUAACAUUUUUUCAUAUGAAAAUGAAUUUACACCGAUUAAUGUUGCACUCCGAGGACGAAGUCUGAAGCACGCUUCAGCAAUUCACUGUGUACGUUUCGAUCAUAUUUCUAACUUCCCUCAGAGUAAACGAGCUUUUUUCAUGGUGUUUUGCUGCUAAGCUCAAGUUUGUGAGUUCAUUUAAGGCCGCUACAAAACAAAUAGCAAAAGCAAUCCGUACUUCGAUAGAACUACACGUUAAGAAGCACUGGAUGGUCAAAACUGAUUCUUAUACCAACGUAUGUGACAAGCUUCGUUAUCAUAUCGUUGUUUGAGCGCAUGAAGCUCUGGAUUUAUUUUUUUUGAGCUCGUGAGGUUUAUCCAGGUACGGGGCCAGUCACGUUUUUCUUUAUCUUAAAUUUGAACAUUUGGCAGUAUUCAUGCAGCAUUUCGUCCGGCGACUUCAUUUCAUAGUGUCCCACGAAGCGAGCCAUGCGUGCCGCACUGUCAACAGUUUCAUGCCAACAUAGCUG